AUGGUACAAUGGAGCGCGGAAAUUGGAUACAAGUCUGCCGACUUCGACGUGUUGAAUGCGAUCCACAUUGCUGGGUCCAAAGGCAAAGGUUCUACCGCGGCUUUCGUUUUCUCGAUAUUAUCAGAGUAUUUAACCGAUGAGCGUGUUUCUGGAGACCAGGAGUCUGGUCUCAUGAGCAAGAUUGGUCUCUAUACUUCGCCACACCUUCGCAGCGUGCGGGAACGAAUUCGAAUCCGCGGUUCACAGGCCACAGACUUCACGGAUACCCCCCUUGACGAAAGAAUAUUUGCCCACUACCUGUCGGAUCUAUGGGUUCGAUUAGGCAUGGAUGAUCGACCAGUAUCCCAGAGUCCACCCUUUGCGAAAUUCCUCACACUGAUGGGCCUCCAUACCUUCCUCCAGGAGAAAGUCGACACAGCGGUGAUAGAGGUCUGCAUCGGUGGACGCUAUGACUCGACCAAUAUUCUCCGCCAUCCCAGUGUCUGCGCCAUCAGUAGUUUAGGACUUGAACAUACUGACAUUUUGGGCCCUACCAUUGAGGAGAUUGCAUGGGCCAAGGGAGGCAUUAUGAAAAAAGGGACACCUGUGUUCACCACGGCGCAAGAACCCGGAGCCAUGGCCGUCCUGGAGGAUCUAGCACGGAAGGAGGGUGUCGACCUACAGGUCGUCACAGUCCAUCCGGAUCUUAAGCACAUUGAACUUGGCCUUGCCGGAUGCUUCCAGCGGACCAAUGCUAGUCUGGCGCUCGCCGUCGCCGCUCAACACCUUUCUCGCAUGGGCUACAAAGACAUUCCAGACACGAAGACAUUGAUGCAGUCUCCGUUGCUCGAAAAGUUCCGCCGGGGCCUGGAAAAUGCACAAUGGCCGGGACGAUGUGAGACGCGCUACUGUAACGGCGCCCGUUGGCUGCUCGAUGGAGCUCAUACCAUGGAAAGUAUUGAGGUUCUGGGGCCUUGGGUGGCCACGAAUAUGGGAGCGCAGCAACAGGCCCGGCGUGUCCUAAUCUUUAAUCAACAAACCAAGGAUGCUGCCGCGCUUCUUCGACAUCUUCGAAAGACCAUGGAACUAGCGGCAUCUCCAUGGCUCAACGGCGCAGAGCCAAUGUUCCACCAGGUGAUAUUCUGCUCGAAUCUCUUAUGGGAACGAAAUGAAGUUCCCGAUAUUGAAAGAGUCUCUAUGACCUAUUCCGGAAGCUCGGUGGAUGAUCUUAAGUUGCAGCAUCAAUUAGCAGCGUGUUGGACUGAGAUCAGCGGGGGAGAUUCCGCAGUGACCGUGGUGCGAACGGUAGAAGAGGCUGUUCGUCACGCAGCGAAUGACCAUGGGCAAACCAUUUGUCAAGAUGAAGAACACAUCAACUCGAUAGUGUUAAUCACUGGAAGUCUCCAUCUAGUGGGAAGCGCCAUGGAAGUUUUGGAUACCAAUAUUGCAUAA